AUGCCCCCUCCCAGAGCUUUUGACUUUACCGGCGACGUCGCCAUUGUGACGGGCGCCGGCUCGCGCAUGGACGGAGAGAUUGGCAAUGGCCGAGCUGCUGCCAUCCUGCUGGCCAGGCAUGGAGCUAGGGUCGCCCUGGUCGACUACAACGUCGACUGGGCAAAGGAGACUAAAAGAAUGAUUGACGAGGAGGGCGGCAUCUCGGAGGUGAUCCAGGCAGACGUCACCAGUGAAGAGUCAUGCAAGAAUGCAGUAUCACGAACUGUGGAAUUGUUCGGUGCGGUACACGUUCUAGUAAAUAUUGUCGGAGUCGGAGGCGCCAUCGGCGACGCCACCACCAUCAACCUGGAGGCCUGGGACAGGGACUUUCGCAUCAACGUCACCAGCAUGGUGCUCAUGAGCCGCUAUGCGAUUCCUGAGAUGAGGAAACAAGGACGUGGAUCAAUCAUCAACAUGUCAUCUGUCAGCGGCCUACUGGGCGGAAACCCCAGCCUUCUGUAUCCCACAACCAAGGGAGCCAUCAUCCAGAUGACGCGCGCUAUGGCGGCGCACCACGGCAAGGAGAAUAUCCGUGUCAAUUGCGUCGCUCCGGGAAUGGUGUACACGCCCAUGACUCGGGGCCGGGGCAUGACAGAUGAGAUGAGACAAGCUCGGAUCAACCAAAACUUGAUGAAGAAGGAGGGCACUGGCUGGGAUGUGGGUUACGCUAUUCUCUUCCUUGCCAGCAAAGAAGCGGGUUGGAUCACUGGACUUAUUAUGCCAGUGGACGGAGGCACUACUGCUGGCAAGGCAGACCGACCUGCCCUGAAAGCCGACACACUGGCUCAAGAUAUCACCGGGGUUUCUAACUGA